AUGAAUUCAAAAGUCAGCCUCAAGGCCCUGGUCCUACUAACAUUCAUCCUAGGUGUACAGUGUGGUAUCACUCCUUGCCGUCAUGGUUGUAAUAAUAUGGAGGUAACGCCAGAAAGGGAAUAUCAGUGCGGAAAGAUUUGGCGGUGUGAACAUAAUAGGGGUCACACAAAAUGUACCAAGAAAUAUAAGGUUGUCUCUGCGCGGUGUAGGACAUGUGGAAAUGAGGAAGAUCCUGAUGCCUGUCCAUGGACAACAAAGGAACAUGACCAUAUGACGGCAUGCAGACCUACUUGUCCUAAAUUUCAGGACUCAUUAUUUAACCCACUGAUCACGGGUGACCCAGGUACAUCAGCAUCAAGAAAGAAGAAAGAAGAAGCUUACAACAAAAUUUCUGCAUCCAUCCCGGAUAAUUGA